AUGUCCUUCCCAAACACCCCCGUCGUCCCAGAAUUUCCCGUUAUCUAUCUCAACGACAAGCCUAUCACCUACGAUUCCAACCUGGAGGUAAUACCCAAAUCGCCCCAGCCGGUAGAAACAAUCUCCAGAAAGCCCGUCGCCUGGGUCGACCUGUUUCCAGAGCAGGCAGACGAGCUUCUCGCCUGGCAGAUUAUUGUCGGUCACAAGGAUGCACCUCUGAUGAGCGAAAUCGACUUUUCCGAAUGUCCGAGUGAAUCCCUCGAUGACGACGACGAGUUCGACUCUUCGUUCGACAGUCAGAAACGAGAAGGGGAUGGACGAUCAUAUUUCAGCGACGACUCGGACGACGACGAGGAGGAAACAUCGAUUAUCUCUAUAGUUCCGCAGACCGCUCUCGAGGAGGUUACAUUGACUCGGAGCGAAGACGAUAUUGCGCGUGAAAACCAGCGACUUAUUUUGCUCCUUGAAGAUUAUAUCAAGGAUCUUGGGAUCAAGAAUCAAAGGCCCAAGUCGUUUCAAUUUGGUCCUCGUUCAAAGUUUUUGAAGGCCAAAUUGUAG